AUGCGCCUGGAGCUGCUUGCUCCGACUACCCCAUGCGAAAGCGGGCAUUUUCUCAGACACACAGGUUCUCGACUGCCUUCCAUCCACGCACUGAAUUUCACCCGUCCUGUUUCCCCUCAACAGCAACAGCUGCAGCAGGCUGCACCUGGAGCUCCUGCGUCGGUGCCCCCCAUGGACAUGUACCGACCCAACAUGUUCUUCAAGGUCGAUCGACGGGCCUCUCUGCCCGGCUACCCUCCUAACAUGACCAUGCCCAACCCUGCACCCAAGAGUGAGGGGUACGCACCCUCCCAGGUCAGCAACAGUCCUCCUCACAGCAGCUUUUCGUCCCACCAGACACAGCAGCCCCACAGCAUGGGCCAAGCAACUGCCACGCCACCCCCCUCGCGCAGCGAAGAAAAGUACCUCGAUAACUACUACCAGGUGGUGCAUCCAAUUCUACCCAUUCUCCCCCCCAAGGCCGUUGUCGAACAGUGGCUGGUACAGGCUGAGCCAACCGUCGGCGCAAAACUCAGAGAGUGUCUGUUGCUGGCACUCAAAAACAUCUAUGUGUCUAGUGGCGGAGCUCAGACUGGUUCUGAGUCCGUGGCUCGCCAGCUGUGUGAAUUGCAGAUUGCAUUGGCCAGCAGCGAGACUGUAUCAGAUCUGUCUCUGGGUUCUGCCAAGCAAGCAAUUAGCAACAACACCUGUUCCACUGCCGCCACAACCCACAUUCUGCAUCUCAUGAUCCAGCUGCUGGUGUUUGUGCAGACCCAGGACUACUCCCGACUGGCUACCUCUGUGGCCCAGGGUUAUGCUCUCGGCAUCCACACCAUUUACGCUACCGGCAAGCGACCCGAGUUUGAGUCUGCGCUCAACCUCAUGACACACCACAACAACGAGGCCACCUCGACACACAACAACGUUGACAACGAGUCCAUCUGGGACACAUGUUACCGACUGCACAUGCUGGUUUUUGUGCUGGACCGUCUGCACUCGCUGCGAAUGAGCACCCCUGCUCUCAUGGACCCCCAACUCGUGUUGGUGACUCUGUGUGAUGGUCUGCCCAAGGUGCUGCUCAAGCUGCAGGGCCUCAAUUUCCUAGUGGCCUUGGCUCUGUCUGUGGCCACUCCUGAAACUCAGUCGUUCUCGCUACAGCGACACGAGUGGUUCAAAAAGUCUUUGCUGCAGCCCGGAAAUCCUUCCCUCACCCAACACGCCUUUGAUAGACUAAUGCAGAGUGUUCGAGGCCAGGCUGUUUCCUGGGCCAAGGCCAUGAGUCUGUACGCCGAGGCUAUUCGACAGUACCAGCAGCAGCAGGGCUGGGAGAAGAUUCUCUCUACUAUCUCUUCUCUGGUUGACACUGUAGACACCUCUUUGAUGGCUGCUGUGCCUCUCAUUUCUGAGUACUUUGUCCACGAGGUGAUUUCUCUAAUCUCCGGCCUGGUGUCUGCAUUUGGAUCUGAAAUCGAUUACGAAGCCGUCCACAUGGCUGGAGAGGUUGUCGAGCGACGAUUCCCCCAGCAGGUCAACCACUGGAAGCUGGCUGUGGCCCCCAAGUUGCCCAAGAAUGAUGUGGCUGAUGCCGUGGUGAUGGCUGCCGUUAACUCGGCGCACUCUAGCGCACCUCCCAGCGCCACGACCGCGUCGACCGCCUCUUCCACAUCAUCUCUCUCCUCCCCGCCGCCAAUGAGCAUCCGAACGCUUCCGCCGGCCGGAUCUCUGGGUCACCAGCAAGGCUUCAUGCAGAAGCCUUUUGACAAGAGUCUUCUGGAGGGCCUGGCAAGUGUUGCCAUGCACCGACCUAGACACUGA